AUGGAUGCUGUAACUAGUACAGGAAGCCCUUCUGUAACUGGCACAGGGAGCUCUGGAGAUGAUGUUGUAAUGGGUACUGGAAGCCCUCCUGUAACAAGCACAGGGAGCUCUGGUAGUAAUACUGUAACUGGUACACGAAGCCCUCCUGUAACAGGCACAGGGAGCUCUUGCAGUGAUGCUGUAACUAGUACAGGAAGCCCUUCUGUAACAGGCAUAGGGAGCUCUGGAAAUGAUACUGUAACUAGUAAAGGAAGCCCUCCUGUUACAGGAAAAGGGAGCACUGGUAGCAAUGCUGUACCUAGUACAGGAAGCCCUCAUGCAGCUAGCACAGGGAGCUAUGGAAGUGAUGCUGUAACUGGUACAGGAAGCCCACCUUUAACAGGCACAGGGUGCUCUCGUAGUGAUACUGUAACUGGUACAGGAAGCCCUCCGGUAACUGGCAAAGUGUGCUCUGGAAGUGAUGCCAUAACUGAUACAGGAAGCCCUCCUGUAACAGGGAUAUGGUGCUCUGGAGAUGAUGCUGUAACUAGCAUAGGAAGCCUUCCUGUAACUGGAACAGGGAACUCUGGUAGUGAUGCUGUAACUAGUACAGGAAGCCCUCCUGUAACAGGCACAUGGAUCUCUGGAAGUGAUGCUGCAAGUAGUACAGGAAGCCCUCCUGUAACAAGAACAGGGAGCUCUGGUAGUCAUGCUAUAACUGGUAUAGGAAGCCCUCUGGUAACUGGCACAGUGUGCUCUAGAAGUGAUACUGUAGCUGGUACAGGAAGCCCUCCUGUAACAGGCACAGGGUGCUCUGGUAGUGAUGCUGUAACUAGUACAGGAAGCCCUUCAGUAACAAGGACAGCGUGCGCUGGAGAUGAUGCUGUAACUAGUACAGGAAGGCCUCCUCUAACUGGCACAGGAAGCACUGGUAGUGAUGCUGUAACUAGUACAGGACGGUAUCUUCAAACUGGCACAGGGAGCUCUGGAAGUGAUGCUGUAACUGGUACAGGAAGCCCUCAUGUAACAGGCACAGAGAGCUCUGGACAUGAUGCUGUAACUGGUACAGGAAGCACUCCUGUAACAGGCACAGUGUGCUCUGGAAUGUGCUCUGGAAGUGAUGCUGUAACUGGUAGAGGAAGCCCUCCUCUCACUGGCACAAGGAGCUCUGGAAGUAAUGCUGUAGGUAGUACAAAAAGCCUUCCUGUAACUGGUACAGGAUGCCAUGCUGUAACUAGCACAGGGAGCUCUGGAAGUGAUGCUGCAACUGGUACAGGAAACCCUCCUGUAACUGCCACAUGGACCUCUGGAAGUGAUGCUGUAACUAGUACAGGAAGCCCUACUGUAACAGACACAGGGUGCUCUGGUAGUAAUGCUGUAACUAGUACAGGAAGCCCUCCUCUAACAGGCACAAGAAGCUCUGGAGAUGAUGCUGUAACUAGUAAAGGAAGCCCUUCUGUAACUGGCACAGGGUGCUCUGGAGAUGAUGUAACCUGUACAGGAACCCCUCCUGUAACUGGCACAGGGAGCUCUGGUAGUGAUGGUGUAAAUAGUACAGGAAACCCUCCUCUAACUGGCACAGGGAGCUCUGGAACUGAUACUGUAACGGGCACUGGAAGCCCUCCUGUAACAGGCACAGAGAGCUCUGGUAGUGAUGCUGUAACUAGUACAAGAAGCCCUUCUGUAACAGGCACAGUGUGCCCUGGUAGUGAUGCUGUAACUGGUACAGGAAGCCCUAGUGUAACUGGCAUAGGGUGCAAUGGAAGUGAUGCCAUAACUGGUACAGGAAACCCUCCUGUAACUGGCACAGGGAGCUCUGGAACUGAUACUGUAACGGGUACUGGAAGCCCUCCUGUAACAGGCACAGGGAGCUCUGGUAGUGAUGAUGUAACUAGUACAAGAAGCCCUUCUGUAACAGGCACAGUGUGCCCUGGUAGUGAUGCUGUAACUGGUACAGGAAGCCCUCCUGUAACUGGCACAGUGUGCUCUGGUAGUGAUGAUUUAACUAGUACAAGAAGCCCUUCUGUAACAGGCACAGUGUGCCCUGGUAGUGAUGCUGUAACUGGUACAGGAAGCCCUAGUGUAACUGGCACAGGGUGCAAUGGAAGUGAUGCCAUAACUGGUACAGGAAGCCCUCCUGUAACUAGCACAGGGAGGUCUCGAGGUAAUGCUGUAACUGGUACAGGAAGCCCUCUUGUAACAGGCACAGGGUGCUUUGGAAGUGAUGCUGUAAUUAAUAGCAGAAGCCCUCCUGUAACUGGCAUAGGGAUUUCUGGAGAUGAUUCUGUAACUAGUACAGAAAGUCCUUCUGUAACUGGCACAGGGAGCUGUGGAAGUGAUGCUCUAACUGUACAGGAAGCCCUCUUGUAA